AGCAAGUCAUAAGUUUUAUUACCUCGAAGUCCUCCGUAUACCCUGGGCGUAAGCUACCGGCGCUGACCUCACCUCAUUCUCAUACGCUCCAACACACGCACUCACAAUAGGAAGGAGGAACCUAUUUUUCUUUAUUCUCACCAUGAUGGAGCUCAAAGUAAAGUGGGGCAAGGAGAUCCUGAUCGUGGAGGUCGACCUGAGCAGCACCAUCGCGGCGCUUAAGGAGGCCUUGAAGGACAAGACGGGCGUGCCGGUGGAGAAGCAGAAGCUGAUGGGGCUGAAGCCGUCCAUGAACAAGGACGACGCAACGCUGAGCGAGGCCGGUCUCGCUGCGGGUAAGACGAUCAUGUUGAUCGGCUCGACGGAGAGCGCGGCGGCCGUGCCGACGGUGCAGGCGGCGGUGGUGGACGCGAAUGAGGCCGGCGGCUACACGGCCAGCACUGCCACCUCCAACGGGCUGAGGAACAUCGCCAACACGUGCUACCUCAACUCCGCUCUGCAGAUGCUGCGCAGCAUCCCGGAAAUCCGCGAGACCCUAGCCUCCCACCGUGGCGACAACGUGCUGCUGCGCCAGCUCGGCUCGCUCCUGCAGUCCCUGGAAGCAGCCAAAGAGGCCGUUGUCCCUUUGCAGUUGUGGACGACGCUCGUGCAGACCAACCCCACCUUUGGCGAGCGCGACGAGCACGGUGGUUUCAUGCAGCAGGACGCGCAGGAGGUAUUGAACCUGCUCCUGCAGGCGAUCAGCGCCGUGCUGCCACCGAAGUACGCCCACCUGUUCUCCGGCACGCUUCAUCAAACGCUCACCUGCACCGACGACACGGCGGACAAGGGCAAAGAAUCGGAGGUGCCCUUCACGAUGCUGUCGUGCAACAUCACGGGCGAGGUGCAGACGCUGGAGGCCGGCCUAGAGCGCGCCUUCGACGAGCACUUCACCGCCCCCAACGCUGCCCUGCAGAACGACGAGGCGAAGUUCACGCGCCUCAGUCAGCUCAGCCAGCUGCCGGAGUACGUCUUUGUGCACAUGGUGCGCUUCUCGUGGCGCAACGACAUCCAAAAGAAGGCGAAGAUCCUCAAGCCCAUCAGCUUUCCGAUUAUCCUCGACACCUCGCUCGUCGAAACGGAGGCGCUCAAGGCGGCGCAGCAGCCCCAGCGGGAGGUGAUCCGUGAGCGCCGCGACCGCGAGCUGGAGAAGCGCCGCCGUCCUCGCACUGAAAGGAACGAGCCACCUGCGCAGGCGGAAAAGGCAGAGGAAGAGAAGGUGCCGUUGACGCUGCAGAACGAGAGCGGCUACUACGAGCUGUGCGGCGUCAUCUCCCAUAAGGGCCGCAGCGCGGAUGGUGGGCACUACGUCUACUGGGGAAAGAAGGCGAAGACGUGGUUGAUCUACGAUGACGAGCAUGUCGCCGCCGUGUCGGAGGAGGACGUGAAGCGACUGCGCGGUGUGGGUGAGGCGCACAUCGCCUACGUGCUGCUGUACCGCAGCCGCGACCCCGUCACGCACACACCGGUGAUUCCACUGUAA